AUGGCGAUCAUGAGUGGGAAGGUUGCAGCAGCUUCUGGUUUUUCUACGCGUGGAGAAGAUGGUUCAAUGGUGGCACCGGCUGAGCUGCGCAAUGCCCUCGUGGAGCAUUUUGCACCGCAGGAGCAUGGAGAUGUGGGCGGCAGUAUUUCGGCACAGGUGGAAGAGCUUCGUAUGGACGCCAGCAGCAAAGGACGCACGUGGCUGCAAGAGAAGAUUGCGAGCAUGACACAGGGUGUCUUGCAGAAGGUUGCAGCAGCUUCUGAUGUGUCGGCACGUAGACAAGAUGGUUCAAAGUUGGCACUGGCUGAGCUGCGCAAUGCCCUCGUGGAGCAUUUUGCAGCGCAGGAUGAUGAUGUGCAUGCAUUGAAAGCUAGACUAGAGCAGCUUCGUAUGGAUGGCCGUCGGGAAGGCGUGAAGUGGCUUCGAAAGGUUGUUGGUGAGAUGGAAGAGCAUGCGCUGCGGUCCCUGAGCGCAGCGGCUGGCUUGGGGCUUGUCGAUGGCAGCGGAAAGUCGCUUUCUGGCGCCAAAGUUCGGGCAUCGUUGGUGAAGUAUCUGGCUCCUGAGGCGGGGGAUUGA